AUGUUUCGUCAAUUAAGCGUCAUCCAUACGGUAUUACUGCUAGUACUGUAUUGCUACAAUACUAAUUCUAUCCUCAUUGCUGACCGUACCUACCGUGAAUUCGUCAUGAAAAACAGAAUGUUUUCCCAAGCCCACCAAAGUCAGAAUAAGUCCAAGUCCCUUGAACUUUUCGCCGCCGCCUUGAACACCGAAGUCUGUUAUGCCGUCCUGACCUGA